AUGUCUUCCUCCUCCGAAUCCUAUAACACCGUUGCCAUUUACGGUGUUGAGGUGAAUCCUCCCUGCUUGUGCCGCAAUCAGCCUUUGUCGAAGCUCUGGAAGCCUAACAACCCAGCUCGUCGCUUCUACAAUUGCGCAAAAUCAAUGAUAUCCAACGACAAUUGCAACUUCUUCCAGUGGCUUGACCCAGCAUUACCAAAAUACUACAAGGAUACGUUAUGGAACAUGAAACUUAGGAUCGACGACCUUUUGGUUAGGAAUGGUCUAAGUUGUUGA